AUGAACCCAACGAUGAGUGACAAUGAAAAUUACGUCCCAGAAGGUACUUUAAGCACUCAAUCUAACGAUAAACUGGAUGUUGUUGCUCGUAAGGUUGUAAGAUUUAUCAUGUCUCAAGUUGAGUCCCAAAAUACGAUUUUAUCUAGAGCCAAACUGAUGGACGUAGUUAAAAAUGCUUCUCAACAAGAGAAUGCCACGCGUAUACGUUUCGACGACAUGUUUACGGCUAUCAACAACAUACUAUUCGAUGUCUAUGGUUAUGAAUUGAAGGGAUUGAGAAAUCGACCAGUCACCUCCCAAACAUCUGCCACUACAAUUAACGCAACUGAAGAGAUUCCUGAUCACAAGGCUAGUCAAUUUCUUGUGUUGAACAACUUGCCCUUUUUACGUAAUUUUGACGAGCUUAAAAUAUUGCAGAGUGUUAGAACCUACGAAGAUUUGAUACAAAAUGGAGAAUACACUGGCGAUGACAUGGGUGCAGAGAGUGUAAACACUUUUGCCAGCAAACUUAACGUGGACCAGGACCUAGCAUAUAACGGUAUUCUUAGUGUAAUUCUUUGCAUAAUUCUCUUUUCCAGUAACCAUAUUCUACAUCAAGACCUACUGAAGCAAAUGGAGAAAUUUGGUAUCCCCACUGACGGUACAGCCAUUCCCAUCGUGCAAUUGACCAUAGACGAUCUUCUAAAAACAUUAGAGAGACGUCAAUACAUCGUUAAAUUGGAGGAGAAGUCCGACGUUGUAGGUGACGUUGUUCUUUACCGUAUUGGAAGAAGAACACAAGCAGAGUUUGAUCAGAGCUCGCUGGUGCAACUGGUGAGAGAAGUGAUGGGCGUCGCAUAUGACGAUACCAUCAAACAUGAUAUACGGAAGAUCGUGGGUGAUGCUUAUGCCUAA